GCGAGAAGGAAGGGGCCCUCCCCCUCCAGGGUGGCGGCACUCCUCCUCGGGAGCCCUCCGGCCUCCUGAGGAGGGGCAUCCCGCGGCUUCGGGGGAGGCUUCGAGAACCCCAUCGGCAGGCCGCGGGACCGCCCGAGCCUUCUGGGAGGGCCUCCCCCUUGCCACCGCCGCCAGUGGCUGCCGACGGUGCCCCCCCCCUCGGGACGCGGUUGCCCGCGGCCCCGGGCCCGCCCGCCGCGCCGCCCCCUCCCCCCGGCAGCCGCGGCGCGGCCUCCGGCCUGGAGCCGCCCAGGCCAGAGAUGUCGCCGGGGGCUCUCCGCGGCGGAGCCGCGAUCGUGGCGGCCGCGGCCCCCCCGGCGAGCGUCACGCCCGUGAGCGCGGGCCGCCCCCCGGCGGAGGGCCCGCGCUACGGCGAGGUGGGUAUGGGCGUCUGCACCGACGAGGCUGGGAGGAUGCUGUCCGACUAUCACGCCAGCAACGAGUCUGGCAUCGGCGCCUGCAGGGGUCACUGCAACAGGUACGCGGAGUGCGCGGGCUACUCGUGGCACCCCUCCGACGGCACAUGCAGCCUCUACGUCAGGAAGCCGCUGGCCUCCCCGCCGGAGGGUUACACCUUCUUCGACGCGGGCGGCUACGCGGGCGGCGUCGACGGUCUGGUGUCCGGCGUCGAUGGCCAGCAGGGGUUCCAGUGCUUCCGGAAGCUGCCAGCGCCGCCUCCGCCGCCGGCGCCGCCCACCGCGGAGCUCGGGGCUUGCCCAUCAACUUCGCCGACACCAAGAAGUACAUCUCGGAAGAGGGCCAGCAGAGAGAAGUCGGUGGCACUCCUCCAGACCAGCCUCGAAAGUUAAGCGCUCGAAGAUCCGCACGGAAGCUAUCAACACAGUAUCAUCGUUCGCGCAGGUCCGCGUGGAUAUUUUGGAUCGGCGUUCGACCUCCCUCCCUGACGAUUUGAGUGCGCCAGGCGCCUAGGGGUGUCAGCGUUGAUCCGAGAACUCAGCGCGUACCUCCGACAGCUUAUGAUAUGAUGGGCCUGUUUCCC